GGCAAAGAAUGAAAUACAGGCAGAAUGGUUUUCUGAUGUUAAUCCUCACAUUGGCCCUGGUUGGCAUCGCUCAUCAUUUUGAUAAACUGCGGAUUGCAGUUGCAUACGAGAAACGUCUACAGCUGAUAACUAUCAGUACUGUGAUAUCGUUUCUAUUCAGUGUGUUAGCAUUUAUCAAGUCUAAAUGGGCUCCUCCGAACUCAUUGUCACCACGAGGUAACUCUGGCAAAGUAGUGUAUGACUUUUUUGUCGGCCAUGAACUACACCCUCGCAUUUGCAAAACAUUUGACUUGAAAAUGUUUGUGUAUCGUGUUGGUUUGAUACAACUGACUUUGCUGAAUUUAGUUAACAUUGGAAGGAUGUGUCAGUCGGAGGGUAAACCAACUAUAGCUAUUCUUUUUGCUGCAGCUUUUAUGGGAUGGUAUGUGCUGGACUCAUUUUGGUUUGAGGAUCGCAUUGUGCAUUGUUUAGAAUUUUCUGGUGACGGUUUUGGCUUUCGUCUGAUAUUUGGAUGUCUCACAGUUAUGCCUUUCUUCAUGUCCUUCCCAACGUGGUAUCUAAUUCAGUACUCACCUGAACUUAGUAAACUGGCUGUUGCCGGCAUUGUGGUGUUCCAAUUGGUUGGAAUGGUUGUUUAUCGUGGAUCCAAUUCCCAAAAAUGGGAAUUCCGACGCAAUCCAUAUAAUCCUAAACUAGCACAUCUUGAAAGUAUUCGUACCAAUGCUGGAACUCGUUUACUUGUAUCUGGUUGGUGGGGAUGUGUACGCCAUCCAAAUUACCUUGGUGAUAUUUUACUCACUAUUGGCUUUGUUCUGCCAUGCGGAUGUGCUCAUUUUUUACCAUGGAUUCUUCCCGUAACUUGCAUUGUGGAGCAAGUUGUGCGAGAAAUUAGAGACUCUGAAAAAUGUCGAAAGAAGUAUGGAAGUUCUUGGAAUGAGUAUUGUGAGAAAGUAAAGUAUCGCCUUGUACCUUAUAUUUACUGAAAACUUUAUAUUCAAUAAAACUGAAUGUACCGGUAAUAUGAUUGAAUUUUCAGUGCCGCAGAUCAAGUAUUUGUUUUGAUCUGUUUUACUGUCGUCAACCAUACACUACAACAGACAUAGAUUAGUCGUUACUAUGGAAUUCAGUGAGAACAAACUCCAAAGAUUUUUCAAUCUCAAUAGAGAUUAUGCAAGUAAUGUUCACUAUUUCUUAGAAAUAAACAUAGUAUUUUUAGUAAAUUGUACAAUCACACAUCAUAUAAUAGAUAUUGACACCUGUAUAAUUCCUCUCUUUUUAACUCAGGGUUUUGUUUUUAGAUUCCUGUAGCUAUGUACAUAUUUAAUACUGCCAAUCUAUUGAUUAGCAAUUUUAUAUACAAUUGUUUUUUUUUUUAACAAUUAAUGUUUAUUACUGUUAACAUUCUAAAGCUGAAAUGUUUCCCUCGUUAUAAUUUAUUGUCAUUUCUCAAUUUCUAAAGUUAUUGCAAUGUUAACUCGUUGUCAAGUGUUCAUUCAGGGAAAGCCGCCAUCAUUGUUGUAAAGUCAGGCUUACCAAAAAGAUUCUGUUUUUGAAAAAUAUGGUUUUAUUCAUAAAUGGCUAAAAAUCAGGUGCAUUAUCUGUGUGAGAUAAAUUAUCAUGAGUUCUAUCACAUCUGUGAUUGUCAAUUUUACCUGGGAUGCACUUGACUGUUCAAUGUUAGUUUAAAUUGGCCUAUUUGUUUUAUUUAGACAUGGUUGGCAACUUGUUCUGUUAUAAUUCUCAUUGUAGGAGCCUGCCCUCUAUAGCAGCAUAAUAUGAGGGCGCACUUUGAAUACAUAUCAAAUCUGAUUUUGAUACUUUAUUCAGGGUUUUUAUUUUAGCAUGCCAAAGGUAUAUUGAUUUGUCAUAUCAUAAAUGUUGUUGACAGCAAGUCAAUAUUCCUAACAUGGCAGUACUUUUUAUAAUAUUUAUAGUGUUACAAUAUAACUAUGAUUUUCACUAUUUGUAGUAUAUCAUUAAUUCAGUUUAAAAUAGAUGGUAGAAGAUGUGUGGGCCUAGGAUUGGACCAUUUAUAAAGCUAAAUGAGCCAUUAAGAUAGGUUGUGUUAGGCACUGACAGAAUAUUAAGAUUCUACUUUAUCUCUAUCUUAUUUUGUAUUAACAUUAUUUUAUUUUCCAUGUAAACAUUUUUAUUCUGUGUGAGAUGGUAUUCAUGUGAACUCUUGAUAGUAUCUUUUAAAACAAUUAGAGGUUGAGUUUUAACUACAACCUUUCCAGUUCAAUAUUUUAACCAGUUUGUUUUGGGCUCGUGUUCAAAGGGAUACCUAUUUGGUACAAUCUGUAGAAUAUCAACAUUUGAUAUGUUCCUAAACAUGACACUGUUCACCUCCACCUUUCAUUGAAACACCAUUUUCUACAAUAUUUUCAUGGUUGAAAAUAUGAAUAUUGUAUUUCUGUUUGUUGACACAAUAUAGACAAAACUGCACUUGUAUUAGAGAAAAUAUUGUACUUGUAUCCUUCAGUCGCUUUGCAUCAAGUAUGCAAUAUCUAAAACAGACAAGCAAUGGAAAGUAAAUAAUGUUGUAUCCCACUUUGUACGAUAUGCAGAACACCUGUCACUGAUUAUUGUAAUGGCCGUAAAAAAAAAGAUGAAAUCAAGAGGUGUAACAACACAUCCAGAAAAUUUUGGAGCCUGCAAUGAAGGUCUAAUCACUAUAUCACUCAAAACCUCUUUAUUUUAGGAGUUUUUUUUUCAAAAUUUGAUAUAAGGAUUAAGUAAGUAUGUUAAGUAUAGACUUGGUUUACAUAAUUCGAUAGAAGUCUGAUCUAUUCUGUGACAAAAUACAACGAUGCACACAAGGUUGGGGAAACAGUUUUCUGCAGAGCAUACAAAGUGGGAUCCUGUUUUAACUUUUAUG